GACCGGAAACUGUGGCGCUGGCACCUAGCUCGGUGCUUUAACGAGCCCUCCAGGUGCGCCGAGGCACGAAGAGCAACGAAUGGAGGAGAGGAUUGGGGAAAGAAGGGCCUCUCCUUUAAGACGGAGCGGACGCCCCCCACCGCCCCUUCCCGGGCCUCCUAACAGCCUGCAGCGGCCGGCGGCUCUCAGGUGCGGCUGCGAGGAGGCCGGAGUGAGGGAGCCCGAGACGCCCAGCGCGCAGGGCCGGUGAGGCGGAGGCGGGCUGGCGAGCGGGUCCGGCGCCAGGGGAAGUACAGCCGGGACCGCAACGGCGCCGACGGGGCCCCCGGGCGCAGCGGGCCGGCGCCCAGCACCUUUCCAGCCCGGGCAACCUCAGCGUCCCCCCCACUCCCACCCCACCCCGCACCGCUGGCCCCGGGCUGCGGGGUUGGACGGCUGCGCCCGCCAGGGGCUCGGAAUCCGGGGCGGCCGGCCGGGAUGCGGGCGGGAGCGGGGAACCGGGCCUCGCCUCACGGCGGGCGCCCCUUCCUCACAGCCGCCGGGACCCCGGCGCCCGCGCCCAGAGUCAUGAACCGCAGCAGCAUGAGCAGCGCGGCCGAAAAGGCGCCCACAGCCAUGCUCUGGGGCUGUGAGCUAAACCAGGAGAAGCGGACCUGGACCGUCAAACCCCAGAAGGAAGGGAAGCAGGACUGUAAGCUGUUGCUCAGUACGAUUUGCUUGGGGGAGAAAGCCAAAGAAGAGAUGAACCUCGUGGAAAUCCUGCCCCCAGCCAGCCAGGAAGACAAGAAGGCCAAGCCCAUCACCAUCGCCUCUCUUCAGGCCUCGGUGCUCCCCAUGGUCAUGAUGGGAUUGGAGCUUUCUCCUCCAGUCACUUUCCAGCUCCGGGCUGGCUCUGGACCCGUGUUCCUCAGUGGCCAGGAAUGUUAUGACACUUCAGACCUGUCCUGGGAGGAGGAGGAGGAGGAGGAGGAGGACCUGGAGGAGGAGGAAGAGGAGGAAGAUGACAGCGAUGAUGAUGAUGACGAUGAUGAUGAUGUUGAUGUAGAUGUGUCCCUAGAGGAGGAGACCCCUCUUAAACAAGUCAAGAGGCUAGCAUCCCAGAAGCAGACAGGUGUUGCCAAGGUGAGGGAAGGGACACCCCCCCACACAGCCUCCUCAGAAACCUGGGCCAGGCCUCCCGAGUUGAGUGUGAGUGUACAGAGGCCUGGGGUCCUGCCAGGUGCCCAGCAGGAGUCUGCUGGCCCUGGACCCUGCCCUAACUGUCCCCAUGCUGCUUGUGUUUGCUUCCCAGAAAAAAAAGGUGGAAAAAGAAGAGGAGGCAGUGAGGUAACUCUUUCCAUCUGUUAACGUGGCCAAAAUCUUACAGCUGAAGCCUAUAGGGUUAGAAAGGGUCUGGCGUGUGUGCAUGUUUGUGACCACACAGAUGUGCUGUCUCUGAUGGCCGGCACAGCCUUUUUUGGAAGGCAUCAAAGUAUUCUUAUCUUCUGACCUAAUUCCACUCAUGGUAACCCCUUCCCAAGGACCCCAUCCAAAAUACAGGUAAAAUCAUAUGCACUAAGAAACUGAUCCCUGCAUUACUCAAGUAAUAAUGAAAAAUGGAAGCAUUCUAAGUGUCUACCAAUAUAGUAGAUUAAGCUGGGUCACAUUUUCCCAGUAGAAUGUGACAUAAUGCCUAUGAAGAAUAUAGCAUCCUGGAAAGUGUUUACAGAAUUUAAAAAGAACAGGAUCUUAAAUCAUUUUCAUGUUAUUUCACAUGUUUUUAGAAGAAAAAGCAAAAAGUCCUGCAAGGAAACACAUCAAAAUGUUAAUACCGGUGGGAGGUAAAGAAACAAGUGAUUUCUAUUUGCUAUAUUUUGUGUAAUGUAGUUAAAUAUUACUUUUAUAAUGAAAGAGACCUAUUUGUGAUAAAUAAAAGAAAGCAGGUGGAAGUCUAACAAGAAAACACCUCUUGUUAAAAUAAGAGAGAGUCAGAAUGGUCCCAGCAGGUGACAGGGUGGAGAGGUGAAUUCUGCAGCCUCCCAGCUCUCCAUAUCACAGCCCCUGACUUUCCUGGAAGUGGCCAGGGCCCUGCAUUGCAGUGUAGGCAUUAGGAGGUCCUGGGCUACUGGUGUCCUGCUGAGCUCUCUCUCUUUCUCACCCUCAUCCCUUCUCCUGGCCUCCCCACCCUAUUCCAGACCCAGCCUUAAAGACAAGAGUCCUGUGAAAAAGGUGAGUACCAGGAGAAGGGGCUGGUCCUCCUGGGGGCAGAGGGAGGGAGUGGAACUCUGGUGCCCUCCCUUCUCUCCAUAGGCCAAACCCACACUCAAACCUAAAAAGCCAGGAUCCAAGAAAUGAGGAGCCAGGAGUGGCCUGGCUGCAGUGACGGAGAGAGAGCCAGCUAGAACACCAUACAGAGUGGCCUUCCUGCGGGUGUGCUGCAACACCAUGUUCCCCCCACCCAGCCUCUCUCCCUCUGAGUCUGAAUGUGACGGAGCUGUUGGGGGCAACACAAGGGGCCCACACUCCAACUAUCAAGUUUCGGCAGGACCUGGAGGGAAGAGCCCUGACCUCAGAGCCCCAAUAAAGUUUGCUUUGCUGGGACCUUGUUUCUGCCAUCUGUUCCAGAGGGCCUGUCCUUAUUGCUGGCUGCAGUGAGCCCGUGUGCCCAGCAGAGGGAGGCCAUGUGCCAGCACACCCCUACCUGGUGGCUGGCCCGCCACCUGG